AAGCUAGAUUGCAAGAAAGGCACGCGAACGUGUGAACUAACGCGUUACUUUUCGGCGCAGGGAGUCGUGAACUGAGCCUUGAUCUGAACCGGCAUAGAUCUACGCACGAUGGCGGAGAGGCAAUCUUCUGUCAUUGCCCAACCAGGCGCGGGUCUGGCUGGAACUGCAGAGAAUUGCCUAAAGCCGGGCGAGGACGAGCGAGUAACCGUGAACGAGCCACCUGCUGAAAUGUCCAGUCCAUUUCAUUCCAUAUUUGCCCUGGAGGUGGGCUGCGACAAUUGCGACAAAGACCGAACUCUGGCUUAUCAAGGAACGUGUUUCUUACUCAGCGAUCUGAACUGUGCAACUAGCAAGGAGUACAUCUUCGCGACUGCCGCACAUAAUCUGCUCUGCAACGAUUGCGGCGACUGGCUCUGGGUACAAAUCUACAGCGAUUUAUCUCAGAACCAGUUCCUAACCAUGGGAAAGAUAUCCCGCAAGAAUAAGAAUGGCUGGUUGAUCGUUCCUGACUGGUACAAGGACAAUGCCAAGGAUGCGAAGAAGAAUAGCAAUCCUGACCAAUUUCGACACGACUAUGGCAUAAUAGCAGCCAAGAGGAGUCGCUGUAAGUGUCCGCUAGCGUACUGGGCAGAUGAAAACCUUCUUGGCGUUGCUAACCAGUGCCAGAAGAAAGAGGAUGACGUCCGCAUGUGCGGAUACCCAACGCACACCUUCUAUGGUGGCAAAGAAGAGACCGCCGAGAAACGCAAAUACUGGGUUGACAAGCCUCGCCCUGCUGCGUUUGCAGAGCACGGCCAUCAGCUUCACCACUUUGUUGACUCUAGCGGUGGGCAAAGUGGCUCGCCCGUCUUCCUUCUGCCCAAAGAAGGCGAAACUGAGACGGCCUCUGCUACUGGCUAUGUUGUGGGGAUUCACGUCAAAGGUGCCGAUGAGCGUAAUUCCGCGGUGAAGCUCCGGGACGAGCAUGGACGCGACACAAAGCCAAUGGAAGACCUCCGAAAUUGGGCGAAGGAUCCAUCACCAUGGUUACCAGCCUCAAAUGUUGAAGUUGCUGAGAAAUCAGCCAAGCGCGGGGUCAGGCAGUCGGAACAGAAGGGCAUGCACGGAGGUCGACUGCAUCAACAGCAACAAGCAGAUAGCGGAGCGGAGGCGCCAACGACAAAGGAACCCAAGAAGAAGUGCGAGUCUCUCGACCGACAGCUCUCUGACAUGACAGCAUGGCAGAGUGACGUCUUCACAGAACUUCUGCCUGACCUGGUUUCCACGCUAACUCCAAGUGCUAUGCGUCGCCAGUGUGAGGCUAAGAAGCUGAUUAAGCAGCCACAGCGUCAGCUCUUUGCAUCAUACAUUGGCCCUGCAGCGCAGAAUGAGGCAUUGCUCGAUGCACUACGCCUGGGUGAUGACGAAUCCUUCCACAAAUUCCUUGAAUGCAUCCGUGAAGUUGAGCCACCAGCCAGCGCGAGAAGGUUAUUGGCCAAGCUGGAACUCGUCGACAAGUUCGGGCCAGCCCGGCAGCACUGAUGACGCCGCAUUUGCGUCUGCAGGAGAAUCCGCUGCUGAUCCAGUGGGAUGGUGGUGAUGAUGGUGGCCAUGAUUGAUCAACACUGGAUCGCGGCGAGAAUUUGUUCUGUCUGUCUGUCUCUUCCUGUAAGUUCUUCUGUCUCUCUUCCUGUAAGUCCUUCUGUCUGUCUGCCUUUACGUCUUUCUGUCCGUUUUUCUACUUCAACUCAGACUCUAGACUGAGCUCUCUCCUUCACUUGCUCUCACUCUCGCUUACUCUCGCUCUCACCCAGUCUCUCGCUCCCACUCACUCAUUAAGUCGCGAUAUUCUUCAUUUUCCUGCUGCAUUCGCUAUCCUAAGCACUACUUCCUUUGAAUAUGCCUUUCUUCUUCUUCUUCUUCUUCUUCUUCUUCUUCUUCUUCUUCUUCUUCUUCUUCUUCUUCUUCUUCUUCUUCUUCUUCUUCUUCUUCUUCUUCUUCUUCUUCUUCUUC